AUGUCGUUCGUGGUCAGAAAUUUCCAGAAAUAUUUUCUCUCUGAGAAACCAAUCACCCCUCCGGGGAUUGCCAGUGUUAGUGACCUCAAUCUAUCCUUUGAUGUCAAGCAGUCUUUCCAGAAGUUGAAGAAUUAUGAAUUCACAAAAACAGAGAUUUUACAUUAUGGAUUCUUAUCUCUUGUUAUUGUGUUUGCUUUUGUCAUUGCUCCUGCCCCCUUCGUUUUAAAAUUUCUUGCUGCUUGUUUAUUCGUGUUGAUUCUCUCAGUUCCUUUGACCAGCCAGUUUUUCCUUAACGCUUUGCCGAUUUUGGCGUGGUUGGCACUUUUUUUUGUCACUGGAAAAAUUCCUGCCGACGUCAGACCUCCUAUUUCUGUGCAAACGUUGCCUGCCAUAGAAACCAUUUUUUACGGGGACAAUUUAUCCGAUGUGUUGGCAACAUACACUGCUUCGGUGUUGGAUAUUUUAGCUUGGGUGCCAUAUGGUUUGAUUCAUUUUGCUUUCCCUUUUGUGUUGGCCGGGCUUUUGUUUUUGUUUGGUCCACCGACUUGCUUGAGAGCUUACGCAUUCGCCUUUGGUUACAUGAAUUUGUUUGGAGUCUUGGUACAAAUCAUGUUUCCUGCCGCUCCUCCUUGGUACAAAAUUAUUAAUGGGUUGUCACCGGCUAAUUACUCCAUGGGUGGUUCCCCUGGUGGUUUAGCUCGGAUCGACACUCUCUUAGGGGUGGAUAUGUACACUUCUACAUUUACCAAUGCCCCAGUUCCUUUUGGUGCUUUCCCUUCUUUACAUUCUGGAUGUGCCACCAUGGAAACAAUGUUCUUGAGCUAUUUAUUCCCAAAGUUUGCCAUUGUGUGGUGGGGCUACACCAUGUGGCUUUGGUGGUGUACCAUGUAUUUAACACAUCAUUAUUUUAUCGACUUGAUUGCUGGGGCCUGUCUUACGUUUAUGGUUUACACUUAUACCAAAUAUAAUCAUUUGCCUGUCCUUGAUACUAACAAGUUUUGUCGUUGGUCAUAUGCUGAAAUUACAAAACCAGACAUUCAUUUGAUAGAUCCAUUGUCUUCCAAUACAUAUGAGCACUUGAACAGUAACAUGGAUGACCUUGAAAAUAACUAUGUUACCAGGGAUAAUCCUAAUGAAGAAUUUGAAAUGAGCUCGCUUGUUUCUAGAAGCUCAGUAUCUUCAUCAAGACUUUCACUUAAUUUGGCGUCUCCACGCUCCAUGAAUGCCAGAAAUUCGGCAAACAUUAAUGGACCACCGAUUCUCAAUACCACUUUUGAUGUCGAUGCCAUGGGUUCAUCUGCUCCUCCAAGUGCAAUUUCAUCAAUCUAUGACCCAGCACAAACUAACGGUGGCUCUCCUAGUGUCUUGAGCUUUGGUACUUUAGGCACCUCACCAGCUACUUCAGUGUUUGAUAGUACUGCACAUGGUAGCAGAGGCAGAGGUGACGAUGACAAUGUUUCGAUUACUUCAUCUAAGACUUCCAUUGAUUUGAAUUUUGACAGAGCCCACGCUCAAAAUUUGUUCAAGAGCCCAGGAAAGAGAGAUUAG